AUGGGUGCUUCUGGAAACAACCUUCUCCAAGUUCUCUUCAGGAACUUCGAUGUUCUUGCUCUCCCCUUCGUCACCCUUGUUUACCCCUUACAUGCUUCCAUUAGGGCCAUAGAGACAAGGUCUCAUACUCAUUAUCAACAAUGGCUUACCUACUGGGUUCUUUACUCUUUGAUGACCCUCUUUGAGAUCACAUUUGCCAAAGUUCUUCAAGUGCUUCCCAUUUGGCCGUAUGCCAAGUUGAUAUUCAGUUGCUGGCUGGUUCUGCCUCAGUUCAACGGCGCAGCAACUGUUUAUGGAAAUUACAUAAGGCCCUUCUACAUGAACCCGCAAAUCCGAGUCCCUCAAGCUUCUCAAAUGUGGUGUUUCCCGCGCAAGAACAACAUAUUCAACCAACCAGAUGAUGUUCUAACCGCUGCUGAGAGAUACAUGAAUCAGCAUGGUACAGAAGCAUUUGAAAGACUUAUAACCAAGAAUGAGAGAGUAGCCAGAGCAAAGAGGAAUCGAAACCAUGUGAUCUAUGAUGAUGACUACAUGUAUUGAUUAAACUCUGUUAAUGUUUCACUCUCCUAUUGUUAAUAUUAUUUCUACGUACCAACUAUUGUACUAGAUUAUAUAUAAUAACCCUUGUCAUGGGUCUCAAGUUUUUUCGUGCAA